AUGGAGGAAACUGGAGCACCUGGAGGAAACUGGAGCACCUGGAGGAAACCGGAGCACCUGGAGGAAACUGGAGCACCUGGAGGAAACCGGAGCACCUGGAGGAAACCGGAGCACCUGGAGGAAACCGGAGGACAUGGAGGAAACUGGAGCACCUGGAGGAAACUGGAGCACCUGGAGGAAACCGGAGCACCUGGAGGAAACUGGAGCACCUGGAGGAAACCGGAGCACCUGGAGGAAACCGGAGCACCUGGAGGAAACCGGAGGACAUGGAGGAAACUGGAGCACCUGGAGGAAACCGGAGCACCUGGAGGAAACCGGAGGACAUGGAGGAAACUGGAGUACCUGGAGGAAACUGGAGCACCUGGAGGAAACCGGAGCACCUGGAGGAAACUGGAGCACCUGGAGGAAACCGGAGCACCUGGAGGAAACUGGAGCACCUGGAGGAAUCCGGAGCACCUUGAGGAAACCGGAGCACCUGGAGGAAACUGGAGCACCUGGAGGAAACUUGAGCACCUGGAGGAAACCGGAGCACCUGGAGGAAACUGGAGCACCUGGAGGAAACCGGAGCACCUGGAGGAAACUGGAGCACCUGGAGGAAACUUGAGCACCUGGAGGAAACCGGAGCACCUUGAGGAAACUGGAGCACCUGGAGGAAACCGGAGCACCUGGAGGAAACCGGAGCACCUGGAGGAAACCGGAGCACCUUGA